AAGAGGUCCAUAAAACAAGGGAGCGAUGGAGGAGACAGAGUACAUAGCUCUGGUUGAGUGGUACUGUCGCCAGUACUAUUACAACGGGAUGUUGACGCAAGCCAAGCAAGCCCGGGAAGCAUAUCCGAGCAGCGAACAGUUGAAGCUCUUACUGUGCUUGGCUUACGCUCUCGCCGGCAAAAGUCACGAAGCCGUCAAGGAGAGCUCGAGUUUGAUGAAUCACUCGGAUUUCACGCUGGCGACUCUCCACGCGCAGAACGUCGCCUAUUCGGUCGACAACAGUACCGAGAGGAGCACCGUGGCUCAGGUGGAGAGUAGGAUUCGAGAGGAGCGGAGGAAAGCUUCCUGCAACGCGCUGUGCUUAGCAGCGUCCGUGCUGUUCCUCUCCCGCCGAGCGGACAAGGCGAGGGAGUACACGGACAGAGCGUACAAGCUGAAGCCGACGAGUACGAGCGUGCUUCUCGUCAAAGGAUGGACUGAGUCAGGCUCCACGGACGUUUCAGAGACGGAGCGUUUGUUCGACUCGGUCCUAAAGGAAGAGCCCCGGAACCUGAGCGCGUUGUUGGGCCGCGCGGAGACGAAGCAGAGCGCCGGCGACUACUCGGAGGCCAUUUCAACGCUCAACUCCCUGAUCGUCCGCUACCCCAAGUCACCAUUGCCGCUGGUGGAGAAGAUGAAGUGCCUCUUGGCCGCGAAGGACUGGGAGCAGGUGCUGGAGACGGUGAACAGGGUGCUGUCGGUUGAGCCGGACAACUUGGACGCCAUGAAGGCGAGCUCGGUGGUCGCCCUCUGUAGGGACGGCAACGCCAGCGAGGGUACCCGGCAGUUGCAACUAUUCCUGCGUCACCUGCUGCUGGCCGAACCGAGGAACGUGUUCCUGCUGAUCGAGAACCUUCGGCUGUUCUCGGGGCUCGCGUUUCAGGACCACGGGAUACUCCAGGAACUGGCGCGGGCGGCUGAGAAGACGCUGCAGGCGUCGUCGGGCAGCGCUGAGCUGAUGGCGGAGCUCGGGGAUCUCUGCGCCGCCCUCGGCAACGUCAAGGACGCCGAGCAUUGGUACAGGAGCACCAUACGCGCGGACGAAUCGUCCUUCGCGGCACUGAUGGGCCUGGCCCGCUGCCAGCUGCUGGAGGGCUCGGCGGAGGCCCUGGACUUGGCGCGGCAGCAGGUCGACUUCCUCAUGGAGAUCCAGCCGCACGCCGUGAACGUGCGGCUGCUGCUCAUGUCGGCGAAGAUCGCGUCCGGCGGCCAUGACGGCGGCAAGACUCUCGUCUACCUGGACGCGGCGGCGAACGUCUUGCUGAAGAACUGCGAGGCUCGUUCGUACGGCUACGAGUACCUGAGGGACCUCAAGCCGGAUCUGUGCCUCGAGAUCGCGAAGCAACGUCUCAUGUACUCCUCGAACAAGUCCCCGACGAUGAGCGACGAGGCGACUCACGACACGGAGACGGAGAAGGAGCCGAGCGUCCGUCUGUUGGAGCUGCUCGUGGAGGCCUGCCCGGGCUCCAGCGUCGCGCUCUUGCUGCUGAGCAAGGCGAGGAUGCAGGGCGCCGACUACGAGGGCGCGCUGAGCCUGCUCAGGAGACUGCUGGACACGGUGGAGCCGUCGAACGCCCAGGCGCACCUCACGAUGGCGCAGAUCCUGGCGUAUCAGGGCAAGUAUCAGUUGGCGUCGCAGAGCCUCGAGGUCGGUCUGAGCUACAACUUCAAGAUCAGAGAGGAGCCGGUUUACCACCUGAUCGUUGGGAUGGUGCAACGAGAGGCCGGCGACCUGGACGGCUGCGUGAAGAGCUGCCAGACGGCCAUGUCGUUGGCCAGCAGGAAGUCCGAGAUGUCCACGUCGGACCGGGCGACGUUGUACCUGGAACUGAUCGCGGCUUACAGCAAGGCGAAGCGUUUCGCUGAGGCGUUGAAGCUCGUCGACGAGGCGAAAACGAGUCUCGCCGGCACCGGUGAGCAAGGAAGAGUCACCAUCGGCACCGCUGAGGUGUAUCUGGAUAUGGGCGAGCUGGAGAACGCCAUUGGCUGCUUGCAGAGCAUCGGCCCGGGGCAGCCGUACUACUUACAGGCGCACACCAGGCUGGCCGAGAUCAACUUGAACUACAGGAAGGACCGUCAGGCAUUCGCCAAGUGUUUCAGGGAGCUGGUGGAACACCGUCCUGGCCCGAGGACAUAUAGCAUGCUGGGUAACGCCUACAUGUCUAUAGAGGAGCCCGAAAGAGCAAUAGAGGCGUACGAGCAAGCUCUCUCUCAAAACCCGGCUGACAAGGCGGACAUCGCGAAUAAAAUGGGCAAAGCGCUCAUCAAGGCGCAUCAGUACGCGAAGGCGAUCAGUUACUACAAGGAUAUAGUGAAACAGGACAAUUGCGGCGCGCUGAAGCUGGACCUGGCCAACCUGUACAUGAAGAUGAAGCAGUACGACAAAGCGGAGGCGACGUUGGUGCAAGAACUGCAAGACAAACGAAGCGACUCGGACAUUCUGAGCCUGGAGAUGCGGGGGCAGGAGCUAUUGCUGCUCGCGAAAGUGCGCGAGAAGUCAGGCAACGUAAGAGGCGCGUUGGCGACGUUGAAGGAAGCCAAGGAGAAUCAGCACAGGUAUAUCCAACGACUGGCGGUCUCGCCGGACGUCGCCGAGCAGAAGCACGUGUUGGCGAACGUCUGCCUGACGAUGGCCGAUUAUGCGACCACCUUGCGCAAUUACGACGAGGCUAUCGUUUAUUACAAAGAGGCCUUGUCUCACAAGCCGACGGACGUGAACGCUCUCCUCUCUUUGGCGAAACUCUACAUGCAGAUGAACAACUUGGACCGUUGCGCGCAGAACUGCUCGAUUCUGCUGAACGCCGAGCCGAAUAACGAAGCCGCGUCCGUGAUGAUGGCCGAUCUCGCGUUCAGGAAGGUGGACUUCGACACCGCAGCCUUUCACUUCCGGCAGUUGCUGAUACGCCAGCCGACCUAUUGGACCGCCCUGGCGCGUCUGAUUGAGGUUUCCCGGCGCACCGGUGCCAGGGACGACCUUGAUGAGUGGCUGCAACGCGCCCAGACCGCGAUGGGCGCUGGGAAUGUUGAAGCCGGCUACCACUACUGCGCCGGUCUGCUCGACUGGCGCACCGGCAAACUGAACUCCGCUCUUCGGAACUUCAACUACGCGCGACGCGACCCGGAGUGGGGCCAGCAGGCGAUCUACAACAUGAUCGAGAUCUGCCUGGACCCGGACGACGAUACCACCCUGUCGAACGAGGCGUUCAACGACGAGGACGUGGAGUACCAGGACUCGAGGACGAUGGCUCUGAGAACGGCCUAUCGGUUACUCCAGGAACUCAAUCCCAAAGGGAGUCCCCACGAGGUGCUGACCCACAAGCUCCUCAGCGACUUCUUCCUGCUGGCCACCAAGCAGAAGUCGAACAUCGAGAAGGCUCUGCAGGACUGCACCGCGUUAGCCAGCCAGGACGCCCUCAGGGAUCACGUGGGGCCCGCCCUCGGCAUGGCUACCGCGCACAUCCUGUUGAAGCAAACGCCGCGCGCCAGGAACCACCUUAAGCGCGUCAGCAAGAACGUCUGGACGUUCGAGGACGCCGAGUACUUGGAACGCUGCUGGCUGCUGUUGGCGGACAUCUACGUGCAGUCCAGCAAGUACGACUUGGCGAACGAGCUCCUGAAGCGCGUGCUGCAGCACAACGCGACGUGCGUGCGAGCUCACGAGCUGUCAGGCUACAUCGCUGAGAAGGAUCAAAAUUACCGCGAGGCAGCUGCGAGGUACGCUCAAGCGUGGAAAUGCGGCGGGAAGACGAAGCUCUCGAUCGGUUACAAGCUUGCUUAUUGUUGCCUGAAAGCGAAAGCGUACGCCGACGCAAUUGAGGCCUGCAACGAGGUGCUGAGGCAGAGCACGGAUUUCCCGAGGAUCAGGAAGGACAUUCUGGAGAAGUGCAUCAAUAAUCUUCGCACGUGAAGAAGCCGGCUUCGC